AUGUUAUUAACAAUUCAUCAAGAUAAUCAACAGAUACAUGCAAAAGAAAUGGAUAAUUGUUCUACAAUGCACAAUCACAAUGAUCCUAUUGAUAUGUCCUCAAUAUUAUUUGAAAAUCAAGAAUCAAACAAAGAAAAUGUAAUAGUUAGUACAACAAAUGAAUCAUCAAUAACUACUGGAGAAUGGAUUUCACCACCAUCGAUUACAAUACAUAAAAAGAAAAUCAAACGAUAUAAUUUAUGUAAUGAUCAUUGGAAACAAAUAUCAAAACUCAUACCAAAUUAUGAUCAAUUACCUCCUUGUCAAUUUAGAGAUGUAUUAAUUAAAAUAAUUCCUCUCAGAGAUCGUCAGAAUAUUAAACAAUGUUUGAUGAAUUUUACAAUGCUAAAAUUCAUACAACAACGUGCCCAAUUCAUGUGUGAUGUUUUUCAAUUGAAAAUUGAACACGAUUAUUGGAAUUAUAUAAAUAAUUUAACAAAUGUACCUGUUGUAGUUUGGUUAUUAGAAAUUUCUAAAGAUAUCAUUCGACAAAAUUCCAUCAAUUGGGAUCAUACAAAAACAAAAGCAAAUAUUGAACGACGACGAGAAAUGAUUCAAUAUAAAUUACAACAAGCAGAAAAUCAUUUGCACAUGCAUUUACAACAACCAUAUCCAUUGUCUUGCCAAAUGGAAACGAAAACUGCUAUGAAUCAUGCAAUGAAUAUUAUAUUGAAUGCUUUGAUUGUUCUUGUACAAAAUAGUCUCUCUCCUUUUCAUACCAAUUUCAAACAAAAGAUAAUCUUAUUAGAAUUUGAUAUUUAUGAUGUACAUCUUGUCAAAUCAUUCUAUGCUUUAAAUCCAACAAUGGAGCAGAUAUCGACUGUUCAAAAGAUUUGGCGUACUAAACUUCAAUCACGUCAAAAAGCAGUUGAAGAAUCAAAAUUUUCAUCAUUACGAACAGCAGAAUAUGAUCUGACAGAUGAUGAAUUACUAGAAUUUUGUAAUUCUGAUAAUUUGAUUCCAUCUGAUAACAAAUCUAUUUCUUAUCAUAUCAACAAUAUACUUCAAAUCCCUGAUUAUUUAUCCAUGAAAAAUAAGAAAAUAUUUGAAGAUAUGUUUCAUGAAAAAAUUUAUAAUUCAAAAAGAUCAAUUAACAUGGAAGAAUUACGAUUAAUUACUAUUCUUAUGCAUCAACUAAAUGUUCUUAAUUUGGAUAAAUCUCUUUGGAAUCAUUAUUUAAAAUCAGGUACAGCUAGUCUAUUACAAAUCAAAGAAACAAAUUUUAAAGUAUGGCCAUUAAAAAUAAAAACAAUGAUUCAAUACGCUCAAUGUCCCACAACAAUUAAUAAUGAUUCUAAUCAAAUUCUAGUUAAUGAUAAUAUGUGUUUAAA